AUGGUUCGACUAACAUUGGAGCUAAUUGGUAAAAGCCUCAACCAAAAGAAUCGCAGAGAUGAGUCCUUGGCUCAACACCUGAGGAAAACAACUCAUCUCAAGUUAUCUAAUAAAAAUAUUGAUAUAAUUGAUGACCUAUCUUUGUGUAAAAACCUUAAUGUCCUUUAUUUGUAUGAUAAUCAAAUUAGACAAAUACAUAACUUGGACUUUGCUUCAAACCUAAGACACCUGUACCUGCAGAACAAUUGCAUUACACGAAUUGAAAAUCUAUCAUCAUUAAUAAAACUUGAAAAAUUGUAUCUGGGUGGCAAUUACAUCACUGUAGUGGAGGGCUUAGAGACUUUAGAAGAACUGAGAGAAUUACAUAUUGAGAGCCAGCAACUUCCUCUAGGAGAAAAACUCUUGUUUGACCCAAGAAGUCUUCAUUCACUAGCAAAGUCUUUAUCAGUGUUGAAUAUCAGCAAUAAUAAUAUCAAUGAACUGAGUGAUUUAGCAAUUCUAGAAAAUAUCUCCCACCUCAUAGCUGUUGACAAUCAACUUCACCAUGUGAAGGACUUGGAGUUUGUUCUGGCUGUAUGGGCUAAGAUAUGCAAAAUAGAGCUGAAUGGGAAUCCUGUUUGCCACAAACCAAAGUACAGGGACAGGGUUAUACUGCAGUCAAAAUCUCUUGAAUCCCUUGAUGGAAAAGAAAUAAAAGAAAUGGAAAGACAAUUCUUGAUGAAUUGGAAAGCGUCCAGAGAUGCCAGGAAGAAAAGUAGGGCAGGAAGCAUGAUGAAUGAGCAUGCAUCAUAUUCACAUUUUGAUGAUAAUGACUCAGAACAUCCCCAUUUUCCCAUCUACUACUUCCCAAUGGCCAAAGAGUUACAUAGAUCUCCUUCCAACAAAGAAUCUCAUCCAACAACUUAUGAAGAAAACAGAGUUAUUGAAAAAAUAAGCCAUUCAGACUUGAAGAAUUCUCAAAGUGUACAGAAAGAACUGUUUGAACCUCACCUCCUCAGACAAAUGCCUCUGUAAACAGACACUGGAAAGAAGUAUUUUCGUGUUAACAAAACAAAUGGAGUGCAUCAGAGCCAACUAUAAAGAAAAAUGGAAUCUAGUGGGAAGAGUUUCAUAUGUUAAUUGCAAAACUAUUUUUAACACUUUUUCACUGCUAACAAAUUUUUGUAAUACAAAACCAGUAUUUAUAUACUAUAGCCAAUAUAU